AUGGCUUACCAGCAACAAUACCACGACACCUUCCAACAGGGACACCAACCUGCUGGUAGCGUUGGAUACGACUACCGCAACCAACAAGGCGGGGGACAUCAGGAAUUUAAUCCUUAUUCCGACCACAACAACAUUGGGUACAACCAACCUGUGCAGCAGCCCUACCACGACGACUUUGACAACACUCGGCCUGGUAUGAGCACUUUCCCAUCGCAGGCCAAUUUCGGGCCUGAUGAGGCCGAAAAACCUGAGCGGGUUCCUCGCCCUCCAGGGACCAGGAAUCCAGAAGGCGCCCGUUUCAGCGCCAACUCGUUCAUCCCUCCCAAGUCCACUGGCGACAUCCGCUUAUGGCGUCACGAUGAACACAGAAAGAUGUGGACAAAGGGGUCCCGGGCGCGAUGCUUUGGACGCUUUUGCUGCUGCACGGUGAUGACAACUGUGUUCCUGAUUGUGAGCAUUGUCCUCACUUUAGGGUUGUGGGUCCGUCCUCCCGAUAUUUCGUUCAACGGAAUCCGGACGCCCACGAAUGGAAGCACGGUCGAGGCGCAGACAUCUGGGAUUCUGAUUAAUCUUAACCUUGCUAUUGGGGUUGUAAAUCCAAAUUUCUUCGCUGCCGACUUCUCCGCUAUUCAGGCCAAGGCGUUCUACCCAGGUGUAACUGAACAAAUUGGCGGAGGUCUUUUAGAAAACAUUAACUUCCCUUCUCACUCGGAUACUACCUUCUUGUUCCCGUUCUCCAUUAAUUACACCGAGGCCAUAGAUCCCAACCGAAAGAUCAUCCAAGACAUUGCUGUCAAGUGUGGUUUUAUCGGAAAUUCCAAGUCAGAUAUUCCGGUCGAUUACAAACUGACUCUGAAACUAAAGAUCGCUGGCGUUACAAUUUCUCCUAGUUUCAGCGGCUCCGCAUCGUUCGCUUGUCCUCUGAAAGCCAGCGAUAUAUCUGGACUCGGCAUUGAUCUAAGCGGAUUGUUGAAUGGAUCGUAG